GUGCCGUUGCCGUCUCAGUAUCUGAUGCGAUUAGAGGAACAAACAGCUGAAAAUAAGAAGAACGCGAUUAUUGCCGCUUCCCUUGCCGCUAGCGGCGUGACGACGAAGCGGUAGGCAGCUGCGCCUGCUCGUAAAACAAGAACCGGUUUUCCAGUCGCUGCGCGCGUGUGUCCAAACCGCAACAUUCGUUUUAGACGAGGUAGUCGUCCGGUUGAAAUUAUGUCAGCUGUGGAUCUUCAACAGGCGGUGUAUCGCGCGGUCGACGAGAACGCUGCGGAUCUGCACAGCGUCAGUCGAUUCUUGUGGGACAACCCGGAACUGGCGCUGCAGGAAGUGAAGUGUCACCAGUGGCUGACGGACUUCCUCGAAGCUCAUGACUUCAAAGUGACGCGGCAUUUCCUGUUGGACACUGCGUUCAAGGCCGAAUUCGUCGCACCUGGAGGCUCUGAUGGUCCUACGGUCGCCUUCCUCGCCGAGUACGAUGCCCUGCCAGACGUGGGACACGCGUGCGGUCACAAUCUUAUCGCCGAGAAUGCCGUUGGAGCGGCCAUUGCGGUCAGAGAUGCCAUGAAGACGUUUAAGAGCGUGCGCGGAAAGAUUGUCGUUCUCGGUACACCCGCCGAAGAAAGCUGCGGCGGAAAGCAGCUCCUUGUCGAAAAGGGAGCUCUCGAAGGCAUCGACGCCGCCAUCAUGUGCCACCCUGGACGGAGAGACGUACUGAGGUUGGCCUUCACCGCAACGCAGCAGAUGGUGAUCCGCUUCAAGGGCAAAGCGGCUCACGCGGCAGCAUCUCCGUGGGAAGGCCUGAAUGCCCUAGACGCUGCCGUUGCCUCCUACCUCAACAUUGGUCUUCUUCGCCAACAGAUCAAGCCUACAUCAAAGAUUCAAGGCAUCAUCGUGCACGCCGGUACGUACCCCAACAUCAUACCCGAGGAGAGCGAGCUCAAGUACCACGUGAGGGCUCCCACCACGGAAGAGCUGGUCGAUCUGGUGCGCAGAGUAGAGAACUGCUUCCACGGUGCGGCUCAGGCCACGGGCUGUUCCGUGGAGAUCGAGAGGGGAACCAUCUACAAGCACGUCAUACAGAACGCAGCCAUUGCGAGGGCUUACAGGAAGCACGCACAGGCCUUGGGCUUCGAGUUCCAGGACGCUGACAUGGCCGAGCAGCCGCCCACAGGGGCGUCCACUGACUGCGGCAACGUGUCGCAUUGCAUACCAACCGCGCACCCUGUCUACUCGCUGGGCAGCGGGGCCCGCAACCACACGCGCGAGUUUGCCGAGGACGCCAACUCCGAGGAGGCCCAGGAACCUACACUCAGGGUAUCCAAGGCCUUGGCCCUCGCAGCUCUUGACCUGCUCACCGACCCGCAACUGAUGGACGAGGCGCGCAAGGAGUUCGCGGCGCACGGUCGAACAUAAUAAGAUAUCAUCCCCGGUGGUUUCAAACAUGGAGCACAGACUCGCUCCUGUUCUCUUAGAAGUGGGCUAGACAAUAUUUUGUUUUCACUCUCAAAAGACCCUGUUCGUUUUCGUGGUUG